GGCCCAUCCGUCUCAGAGGAAAGUUCCCGGCCCUUCAUCGCGAUUUGUCGCCAAAUUACGCCGCAGAAACUCCUGCUGGCGUCGGCGGCGUUUGAUCACAAACUCCGCACCUCCCACCUCCGAGAGGAAGAAGGCGACGCGAUGCGGAGUUUUUGACCUCGUUGGAGCUGGUGUGACUGACGUUUAGGGACUGACAAGAUGCACUCCAGCGUGGACAGACCACUGAGCGCCCCCAGCAGAGGAGGCGCUGGCAACAACAACAAUAACAACAACAGCAGUGGCAGCGAAAACAGCGGGAACUCUGGUUCCCAGUAUGCCCUGUGUGCUCUGGGGGUUGGGCUCGUCGCCCUCGGCAUUGUGAUGAUCGUGUGGAGCGUGGUACCCGCGGAUGCGGCCGCUAACAGCAGCAGCAGUUCAGGAGAAAACGGGGAUACUUUUGUCAGGAAGAAUAAAGCGUCUUCCGUGGCGUUCGUGUUGGUGGGCUCUGGCGUGGCCAUGCUGCUGCUGUCCUUGUGUCUGGGAAUGAGGAACAAGCAGCGGGAGCAGCUGAGGCUCCAGGAGGCCCAGAACCGUGGAGAAGUGGCAUCUAGUGCGCAAGAGGAAAGAGAAACUGCUGAGGAACAAGCCCAGCGUUACGCUGUACCCACCUAUGAAGAGGCUGUAGGCAGUGGCCAGUACCCUGUCCGUCAGAGCAACCUCCACCCAAGCACCUCCCAGCUACCUUCCUACGAUGACCUGGUCCAAGUUGAUGGUGUACAGUAUGAAUUUGAGGGGUCAGAGGUCACGACCACUGCAUCGCAGCCUGCUCCUGCUUCCAGUGCCCCCACUGCUGCUGCUUCCACGUCAAAUCGUAGACCAGGGAAAAAUAGCCGCAAACUCCUCCCUAUCAAGAUCCGCAGGAUUAAAUCGGAGAAGCUGCACAUGAAAAACGUUGAUAACUCUCAGCCGGCAGGUGGAAUGAGUAUAGAACCACUUACCCCGCCGCCACAGUAUGAGGAUAAAGUGCCUCCAAUUUAAGAUCAAGAUGAUCGUGUUUUAAAACAAUCUACUGAAAUUCCUGGAAGUGUCUCUGAGGUGUCUCUUAUUACCUUUUGUGAAUCUGGAUCUGCCUUGUAAAGCCAAGACUCAAAGGUGGCUCUUCCUGCAGAGCAUCCUCAGUGGCACUUUGUUAUAAGUAUUUGAUCAGAUUCAUCAUUCAUACCACGUCACUCAAGAGCACUGAACAGAGAAACCUUUUUAUUUUAUUAUUGUUAUUAUUUUUGGAUCUCACUGGAUCUCUGACAAGUAGUGAUGGACGUAGUUGCUGGAUCCUAUUUUACUGUGGCACUAACACUGUGGCACUUUGGGUUAAAAGCACACACCAAAUGCAGCAAAACGUUUCUGCGUUAUCUUUACCUCCCCCGUGCACUGACCGUGCACGUUAGUUGAAGAUGCACGAGAUCAUAUGACAUCAUUGAGAGGUCAUAGUGAAGAUUUGUGUGCACACUCAAAAAGAUAUGUGCAGGGCACUCAUCAGGCUGUUUCACACUGGGAGGCUGUGGAUUACUACUACCAGCCAGCAACUUGCCAGCCGUGGAGAGUGUUGUAUGUACUCAGCUGGGUUGACCUGGUCUGGUAUGCUACGCAGAAACUCACCCUCCUGGUCCUUUAGAGCUCUGCAGCACAUUGGAGACAAUAUGCCACCCCCACAUUUCCAUGGUAGCUUCCGUUUCACUAACGUGUGGAUAAAACUCUUUAUGUGCCUCCUUGAAAAGCUGAAACAUGGUUCCGGGCUUGAAUAUUCUAAGAGUGUCCGGCUAACUGGCAAAUAUAAAUCCAAACUUCUCUUGCCUUUUAGUUGGAUUGAGACAUAGCUGGGUCUUUAGCUUGCUAAAUGCUAAAUGCUCCCCUCUAUGAAGUUGUGUACUUUGGCUCUUUGAUGCUUCGUGCUAGUUGACGUGUCUCAUGAGCCGUCUAGGGAGAGGACGGGAAGGAGCUGUUGUGGGGAAAAAAGUUGCGAUGGAUUUAAUGGCUGAAAUUCAUAUUUAUGUCAACAUUCGGUUACUUUUUAAGAGAAAUGGCUCUCUGGGAAGAAACUGUUUUUCAUGAAGACGAGGGUUCCUCUUUAAGGAGUGGUAAUGCUAACUGACUGCAGCCCUGAGUUUGCCCUGCAGUUGUUGUCACUAAAGUACAGUUACGUGCCUUUGUGUUCAGAACAACGCGGCUGUUCUGCCUCAGACGUUCCAAACAGCACCAUGGGACUGAACCUGAGCCCCUGCGUCGCUCUUCCAGUGCAGUGUUGUUUGGCUCUCUGUGAAAGCAUGAUGGAAGGAGCCUGUGAAUGGCUGAAAGCCUUUGCCCUGUAGCCAUGGUGAACACUGCCGAGCUGUGAAGGCAGUUUUGUGGCCUGCGCCUCUCUCCGGGCUUGUUUUUGUUCUGACUCGAGAUGACAGACAUAAAGACUCUUUGACUGUGCAGCUGCGCCGUAAUAACAGCGACUAUCGCUGACUCGCUUGCUCAUCACCAUUCCUGCAACCACAGCUUGAGUUGCAGCCCCGACAGCUCUAAGCUCUUUCCAGGGAAAUAGUUUCAUCACCAGACAUUAUUUAACACUACCUGCCUGUCCACAAACUCUCCUUUCUUCUUCAGGUCAGACUUUAAAUACGAACAGCUGGAACUAAAUGGAAAGAUUUAUUGAUUCAUUCAAUCAGACAUUACACAGUUUGUGGAGUUGCACAACUAUGUUUUUUUCCUUUUGUUUUUGUUUUGCGGGACAAAAGGCACUUGACUUCAUAACCCAUUUCUACACUGUGCACUUUUAGUAAAACUCAGUGUAGUGGAUCCAACUCAAAGGUUGUCAGCUGGUCAUUACUAAGCAAAAGCAACAGGGAGUCACUUCAGGCAGUAUGUCUGCAUUUCUCUGACUGGUUUUUGAAGUUGAAACUUGCCACACAGUGUAUUAAUUCUUUAUUUUUUGUGCUGCAGACAAAGUCAUUGUACCUCAUUUGUAAAGGGCCAGAUAACUCACAUGAUGGAUUUUAUCACUACGUAGUCAAAAUGUUUUACAUUGAUGAAACGCUGAAUGUUUUGAUUUGACAGUCAGUUUUUGUUUAACUGAGGCGAGUUCCUGCAUCAUGCUGUUUCGUUUAUUAUGGCUUUUUUAAUUACUCAGAUCUUUAUGUCUUUUAUAUGUACUGUGAAAAUGUGCUUUUCUAUCAUGGCUCUAACUCUAUUUCUACUUUUCUGAAGAGUGAAAACAAAUGUAUCUCAUGAAUGUUUUAUGAGAAAUAAAAGGAAGUAUUUGUUAA